AUGUGGAUUCUUGAUUCGAGCGGUGACUUUCUGGGAGGGAAGCGCGUAUGGCUGCGCCCCGGAAAGAAAUAUUUAUUCGGUCGAUUCCAACGAGACGGAGUCCGCCAUGCCGUCAAUCACAACUCGAUAUCUCGCAAGCAUAUGACCAUCGAGAUUGCUGCCGUCAAGCCGAAGGAUGGAAUGUCACCACGUGCACGAUCCGAUAUCACCAUAACCGACCUGCAGUCCAAGAAGGGAACGAUUGUCGAUAAUAAGAGGAUCGAAGGCGAAUGCAAACUGGAAAAGGCCGAUGAGCACAUCAUCCAACUGGCCAAGUACCAGCACACGCUUCGAAUCAAAUGGGAGCCAGUGGUAUUCAGUUUCUCGUUCUCCUCCAGAGAGAUGCGAGCGAGUGAUCCUCUGGUCCAUGUUCGUUCACGCUUAGAAGACCUCGAUAUCAAGACCGUCAUCGAUUACCUCGUCGGCCACACAACUCAUGUGGUACAGAGUAAACGGAACACUGCCAAGGGUCUCCAAGCUCUUGUGAAUGGAAAGUACAUUGUUAAUGAUUCAUACAUCGAUGCUGUCGUCUACGCCGCUACCCCCAGCGAUCUCGAGAACCUAGAGUCUCUCUGUCCUCUCGAGAUCGAUUUCGAAUCAUCGUGGCCAGAUCCAACCGAGCACCUGCCACCCGCCGGCAAAGAGCCUGUCAACCGACCUGCUACCGCUUUCGCUCCGAAUCCCGCACGUCUCACUGUCUUCGAGGGCUACACAUUCGUUUUUGGUGAUCGAUCGCAGUUCGACAAUCUCCAGGCGCCAAUCAACAAUGCCCAAGGCAAAGCUCUCCUCUACGAGGUAGAAACUGGAGUGACAACGGCAGCAGAGAUUGUGCGAUUUAUGGAAAAGUCAGCACGAGGAAAUGGCGUGGGUAGCGAGCGUCGAGGCUCCGGUGGUGUCGUUCUCGUUCGAUUCCGAUCACCAGGCGAGCAUGAGUCCUGGUCGAUUGAAAUUGGAAACGAGGUAGCUUUGAUGACAGAUCAACGCGUUAUCGAGCAACGAGAGUUCCUCGAUGCCAUCCUCAGUAACGAUGCCUCCCCCCUCUGCCGUUCCUUGCCUACAGAGGAAGCGUCGAGCCAGAUUUCUGCACCUACUGCCCAAGAGGCUGGCCUGCCGAGUGAGCAAGAGGUGGCCAAUACUUCAUCGGUCUCACCACCUGAGCCUGAGCCUAGCCAGCCUAGUCAACCAUCAAGAUCUCGGGGUAGAACUCCCCGCGUACGCCCCUAUGUCAGCAAAAUGAAGACAUUUGAUGAUGGAUUUGACAUGGAAUCCAUUCCAAAGUAUGCACCUGCGGAGGAAGAUGAAGACGCCGGCACUCAAGUCAUGGAUGUGGACUCUCAAGAACCGGAGCAGCAAACUCACCCCCUGGACACCGUGAAGGAAGAAGCUGAAGAAGACUCGGUCUCCGACCUUCUCCCUGGGGCCCGUGCAAUGAAGCGUCGUCGUGCGGAGAUGACCCACAAUCGGACAGAAGAUCAAACAGCCGUCGAAACGGAAGCCCCCAAACGGAAGCGUCCCAAGCUCGAUCUAUUAGAAGCUGCCCGAAAGCACCUCGCAGAAGAGGAGCAACAGCGCAAGGCCGCAGAGGAUUCACGCCCAGCCGAGAUGGGCGACGUGGACGUCGAUCAGUUGAAGAACCUCGCCAUUAUCGAAGAAAUGGACGUUCCUGUCCGGACACCACCCACACGAGCAGAAGAGACGACUGACCGCUGGGAAGCGCAAUGGAACGGACGCAAGAAUUUCAAGAAAUUCCGCCGAAAGGGCGAGCCCCGUAGUCGCACUGUGCAGACGGUCAUCGUUCCCCUUGAGGAAGUGACGCGCAAAGAGUUUGGGAUCGGCGAUCACUACUGGAGCCGCAAUUCCCCUGAGCACCGAACCGAGCCAGAUCGGUCUGGCGAAAGUCCGCGUGAGGCUCCACCGUCCGAGCUAUUGGCCCCUGCACACGCAUCGCCUGGAGCCACCCCAGAUCCCACCCCUCGGCGAAAGAGAGCUCGUGCGGAUGACUCGGACAGUGGUGAUGGACUUCGAUUCCGGUUCAGGCGCAAGCGAUAG